CUCGCCCAGAGCCCCGCCGUGCGGAUAAGGUCUCUCUCUCUCUCUCUCUCUGCUUCAUAGCUCUUCUUCUCAUCCAAGGUAAGUUUCUGAUCUCUGUUUCCUCAAAAAGCAUUCAUCCACUCUCCUGCGAAAAUCUCGGAGAACGUCAAUUCCGAAAUUCGACCGUUGCAUCCUGUCGUGUAUAUCUCUCUUGUGGGCGAUCCUUUUCAAAGAAAUCCCACCUAACACAAAACUGGUUACAUGGCUUCGAAUGUGGUUAAUUUCCCUUGUAAUAUCGGAGCAAUUAAGGGUUUGGAUUGUGCAACCUUUGCGGGGUUUAAACCAUCCGUGAAUCAGAGUUUCUUAUGUGUUCGGCCCGUAGACAAAGCAUGUAACCGUCGUCUGUUUACAGUGAGAGCCAGCGAAAAGCACGAUACACCAAUUAGGAAGACGGGGUUGAGUGAUGAGGAAUGUGAAGCUGCUGUUGUAGCUGGAAAUGCGCCAGAAGCUCCUCCACCGCCCCCUAGGCCGGCCGCACCCGCUGGAACCCCUGUUGUCUCUUCAAUUCCACUUGAGAGGCGCCCUCGUCGGAAUAGAAGAUCACCGGCAUUGAGAGCAGCAUUUCAAGAAACAAGUAUAUCACCUGCUAAUUUUGUAUAUCCACUUUUCAUUCAUGAAGGUGAAGAGGACACACCUAUAGGGGCCAUGCCCGGAUGCUAUAGGCUUGGUUGGAGACAUGGACUUGUUGAAGAGGUGUCAAAGGCCCGGGAUGUUGGUGUUAACAGUAUUGUGCUCUUCCCCAAAGUUCCUGAUGCUUUAAAGACUCCCACCGGAGAUGAAGCCUAUAAUGAAAAUGGAUUAGUGCCUCGAGCAAUAAGGUUGCUCAAAGACAAGUACCCUGAUCUUGUUAUCUACACUGAUGUUGCCUUGGAUCCCUACUCCUCUGAUGGGCAUGAUGGCAUUGUUAGAGAAGAUGGAGUGAUCAUGAACGACGAGACAGUUCAUCAAUUAUGUAAACAGGCUGUUGCACAGGCCCGGGCCGGAGCAGAUGUUGUAAGCCCUAGUGACAUGAUGGAUGGCCGUGUGGGGGAAAUUCGGUCAAGUCUUGAUGCUGAAGGUUUUCAGCACGUGUCAAUCAUGUCAUAUACAGCAAAGUAUGCAAGUGCAUUCUAUGGUCCAUUUCGUGAAGCACUAGACUCGAAUCCACGAUUUGGAGACAAGAAAACUUAUCAGAUGAACCCAGCCAACUAUAGAGAAGCUUUGGUUGAGGCCCAAGAAGACGAGUCUGAAGGAGCUGAUAUUCUACUGGUAAAACCGGGUCUGCCUUACUUGGAUAUCAUUAGUCUUCUACGAGAAAAAUCACCUUUGCCAAUUGCUGCAUAUCAGGUUUCGGGUGAAUACUCAAUGAUUAAGGCUGGUGGGGUUUUGAAAAUGAUUGAUGAGGAAAAGGUGAUGAUGGAGUCGCUGAUGUGCCUCCGACGGGCUGGCGCAGACAUCAUCCUCACAUAUUUUGCUCUACAAGCUGCUAGAUGUUUAUGUGCUGAGAAAUAAGGGUAGAAAUGGAUUUCGCUAAGUUUGUGCUUGAGCAGAAAUUUCAAAUCAUAGGCUUGUAGAUGUAUUUAAUCUGAGAAUCAGGUAAGAUUUGAACUAAAAUGCUUGACAUGUGGGUUUCAUGGUGUUGUCUUGUAAUUUUGUCCUAUCACCAUCUUGAAGUACAAAUUGCCGUUUCCUGAAACAAAUAAAAAGAGGUGGAAAUGGAAUUGGUCUCAAUUUAGUUGACA